UGACAAUAUUAUCAUUUAUAUUUUUAUUUUCUUCUAACUAAUAGAACACAAUCGUAAACACUACUGACUAAAGUAGUCACUGUUGGAAUAGUAAUAUUGCUCAGUAUUGUUCUACGAUUGCAUCGCGUUGGGUGGUCCAGUGAUUUUGUUUGAGGUUAUUGGAUUGAGCUUCAAGAUUAAAUUUUAUAAAUGAAAUUGUACUUCUUAAUACUUCAUAUAAAAUUGUUCAAACUCAAAAUAUGAAAAGAUUGAAUAACCACUAUGUAAAAUAAAGUGAAAAUUUUUAUUAUGUGUCAUCUGUUAUAUGUAAAAUUCAUGUUUAGGAAUUACUGUUUAUGUUUGGACAGUAACAAUGAUCAAGAUUGCCACUAAAACAGAGCAGUAUUUUUAAAGGAAAGACUUCAAAUUAUAUUGCAUGGAAUGCAAUAAACAAAAUACUUUAAAGAUGAAUGAAAGCGAUUCCAUUUAUGGUACUACACUAUCCCAAGAAUCAAUAAAAGUAAUUGCAGAAAGUAUAGGUGUUGGAAAUUUUCCGGAUGAAGCUGCUAAAGACCUUGCAGAAGAUGUGAGCUAUAGGCUUAAGGAAAUCAUACAGGAUGCAGCAAAAUUUAUGAGACAUGGGAAACGUCAGCGUAUGACAACAUAUGAUAUUGAUCAUGCUUUGAAAAUUAAAAACAUUGAACCAACGUAUGGAUUUUUUGCCAAGGAUCAUAUACCAUUCCGUUUUGCUUCUGGUGGUGGUAGAGAACUACAUUUCGUAGAGGAAAAGGAAAUUGAUCUUAAUGAAGUUAUAUCUAUGUCUAGUGGACAAACAUGGCCUAAAUUACCUUUAGAAAUUACACUGCGUGCCCAUUGGCUUUGUAUAGAUGGUGUUCAACCUACAAUACCAGAAAACCCACCUCCAGUCUCUAAAGAUGUUCAAAAAUUGGAAAGCGUUGAUCCCACAAGUAAACUCUCGAAUAAGAGUCAAAAUAUUGGUGUUGGAAAGCCAGGAGGUGGUGGCAAGAGUCAGAAAUUACGCAAUGUAGAAACUGUUCAUGUCAAACAACUAGCUACUCAUGAAUUAAGUGUUGAACAACAACUAUAUUACAAAGAAAUUACGGAAGCUUGUGUUGGAUCAGACGAAGCACGCAGAGCAGAAGCACUUCAAUCCCUUUCCGCUGACCCUGGUUUACACGAAAUGUUAGCACGUAUGUGCACCUUUAUCGCGGAAGGUGUUCGCGUCAACGUAGUGCAAAAUAAUCUUGCACUUCUCAUUUAUCUAAUGCGUAUGGUUAAAGCUCUUCUGGAUAAUCCUAGCCUUUAUCUAGAAAAAUAUUUGCACGAAUUGAUACCAUCUAUUGCGACUUGUAUAGUUUCACGACAAUUAUGCAUGAGGCCAGAUGUAGAUAAUCACUGGGCUCUUCGCGAUUUUGCAUCACGCCUUAUGGCUCAAAUUUGUAAAAAUUUUAACACUUCUACAAAUAAUGUACAAACCAGAGUAACUAGAAUGUUCAGUCAAGCUUUAGCUAAAAACAGUCAGACUCCGCUGGCAUCUCUUUAUGGUGCAAUUGAAGGAUUAUGUGAAUUAGGUCCAGAAGUAAUUAAAGCAUUAGUUAUUCCCAAAAUUAAAUCAAUUUCUGAACGAAUCGAGUCAUGUAUAGAAGGACCCGGUUUGUCGAGUGUAGAUAAAAAUGGAGCAGGUCACAUAAAAACCCUUCUUGUGAAGUCAGUGGCGCCCGUUUUAAAAACAAUACGAUCUCCACCAGACUACGUAGAAGAUUACAAACAAGAUUAUGGUUACAUAGGCCCUGCCUUAUGUGCAGCAGUUGCAAAAGCUCGCACCCAACCGGUUACUUUAGCCACGACUGCAUCGACAACAGCUUUAACGACAAGCCAACAAGGUCCUACGUGCACUGGAAAGACUAUCGUUCAAGCAGUAACAAGUUCUAGUCCUGGUCAACAAACUGGACGUACAAUUAUGCUCGGUACAAGUAGAGCCAGUGGUGGAACAACUACAGGCGGUGGACAGAAGUUUGUGAUCUUGCAGUCACGAUCUCAAACACCGACUGCCACAAAUAUUAACACUAGUGCAAUACAACAACAAUCUCAGCCACAACCGCAACAGCAAUCAUCGCAGCAACAACAAGUUAAAAUAGCUCAAAGCAAUGUGACUCAACAAAAAACACACAUACAAAGUAAUGCAACGAAAUUAGUAGUUGUCUGUAUGUCAAGCAGUAACCAUGGUACCACAACAGUGUCUCAGGGAAACAUAUCAACAAAAACGCAGAAUGUUUUCGUUACUCAGCAAAAUGUCGAAUGCUCUCUGAGCCCAGAAGAAGAACAUUCCUUUCAAUGAUAAUAACAACACUUAAUUUUCAACAUUCAAAAAAUUGA